UUAUUGAAGAACUUUGGCCAGAGCUCCAAGCUUAGCACUCAGCAAUCCCUGCACACUGGGAAACAGCCCUGCAAGUGCUUGGACUGUGGGAAGAGCUUCACUUGUAGCUCUGCUCUUGUUGCCCACCAGCACCUGCACACAGGGGAGAAGCCCUACAAGUGUCAGAAAUGUGGGAAGAGCUUUGGCCGGAACUUUCACCUGAACCGCCACCAGCGCGCCCACACCGGGGAAAGGCCCUACAAGUGCUCGGAGUGUGGCAGCAGCUUCAGCCGGCGCUUCUGCCUGAUCCGCCACCAGAUCAUCCACACUGGAGAACAACCCUACCAGUGUGGGGAAUGUGGGAAGAGCUUCAAUGACCGCUCCAACCUCAUCACCCACCAGCGCCUGCACUCCAGGAAACGGCCCUACAAGUGCUUGGAAUGUGGGAAGAGCUUCAGCCUGAGCUCUGACUUGAUCUGCCACCAGAAGAUCCACAGUGGGGAACAGCCCUACAAGUGUCCUGAAAGUGAGAAGAGGUUUCAGACCAGCUCACAUCUCCUGCAUUAGCAGACACACAAAAGGGGAGAGGCCUUUCUGCUGCACUGACUACAGGAAGAGCUUCAACCACAACUCCCACCUUGUCAUCCACUGGAGAACAAAAAUCGGAUUCCACUUGGGUUGUUCUUCAGGCAGGAAAAAUAAGAAGUUUCCCAGGCUGUUGGUUAAACUGCAGGAGUUGGUUAGACAGCACCAGUUCCUGGCAGCAGAGAGUGUUUCUGAGCAGCUCAAGAGCAGCUCAACCCAGGGCUGUUCAUCAAGGCUGAGGCCUAAGGAGCAUUUCUCAGAUCACAGGGAGGCCUGGGGGGGUGGGGAUGCACCACCACACCUGGAAAGGUGUCGUCCCAAGGACUUGCACAGCCGGGAGGUGUUUUCAGUCCCAGGCCCCCCCGGUCACCCCCCAAGGUGCUGGACGGCCCUUCAGACCCACCUGAGGCCACCCCUGUCUCCACACCCUUUGCAGGGCAGCUCAUGGAGCCUCCAGGACAGGAGAUGGUGCCUCUGGACCUGCCUCACGAGGGGCUUCUGCCACCCCCGGGGCCACAGAGGGGACAUGGGCACCCUCAGCUCCUCCUGCCACAAGCUGAUCUGGGACAACACCCCGAGCUCCCAGGGCCUGCACAGGUCCUGCUCCGUCGUGGGCUUUAUCAGGAUCUUCCUGUUCUCCUCAAAUGAAAACACACAAAGCUGAUAAUUCCCCCACGGCCCCCAGAAGUCACACGUCUCCUCAGCAAAGCAAAACUGAUCCCAUAGGAGCAAUUUGUGGAAUAUUUAUAAGGAAAAAAAUCCAGAAAACAGAACAAGGAUCAACUGACACAGACUAGGAGUACCUGUGGACUCUGCUGCCGAGUCACUGGCAAAUGUAAAGUGUUUCUAUACUUACUAAAACUAUAUAAACCCCCUUAGCAAUGCCCAGCAGGUGUUCUUGGCAUCACUGUAGGGAACAGAGAUUAUAUGACCUGGGAGAAACUUAAGGGGAACUUGGCAAGAUAAAAGUGGACGUGGUGAGAUGUAUCUUUGUGUGGGGGAAAUUGCUUGGGAGUAUUUUUCUCAUGGGCAGUGAAUGCUUAACUAAAAAGUAGAUCUAGAGAAAAAUUACUAACAGGAAUUUACUGCUGCUGUAAUGGGGUAUAUAAACCAUGAAAGAACUGUAAUAAAUGAUUCCAUUAUACCACA